AUGGACGGGAACGACGACGACAACAGACAGCCUACCGGCAGCACUAUUCCAUUCAUGCAGGAAGACGAAGCGCUUCAAGACGAAAGAUUCUUCAACACUGAUAAUGGUCCCGAAGAAAUCUUUUCUGUCGGCCGUCGUACCCAAGCCCAGGAAGCUAUUUCUGCCGAACGCCAAAGAUUUGCUCAUGGCCAGUGGGACGAUGCACUCAUGAAUAGAGGUGGAAACAUUGCCCCCGAGGCUCCUAUUGGCACUCGUGGCAAUAGAUGUAUUGCUCCCGAGGCUCCUAUUCACGCCAGUGGUCAUAGUACUUUUGAUUUUGACCAUGCUGGAAGGGGUGUUAGUAGUGUUGCCGAUGCGCGUAUUUGGAACCAAGACCCGACUCGCGUUGGAAAUAACAACAAUAACACUGCUAGUACCAGUGCAUCUGCUGCCCAACGUCACCAUAUCAAUCAAUCACUCGAGCGAGCCGGAAGAGGUAUUAGGGGAUAUCCUACUCCCGAGGAUAUGGCCCGUAUUAUUUGGAACCAGGCCCAAGCAGACCGUGCUAGAGGAGGAGGGCUGACCUUCCCGGACAGCAAUAUUCAUGGAAGCAACAUUUCCGGCCAGGCCGCCGGCCGCAGAGGUGUAGCUCAGAAUACCAGUGCAUCAGAAGCUAGAUCCUCUAUCUCAGCCAGUCUCUCCACCCAUGGACUGGCCACCGCAGCACCAAUGGCCCCAGCCGCACCCAUGCCCAUGCCCAUGCCCGCCGUCACCAUCCCCACCGCGUCCAUCUUCAUCACGCUGCAAACCAUCCAAAAAGCCGAGAACGGCACCACCUGGCACCUCAUCUGCGAAGAGCACAUUGCCAAGCGGCCCGAAACCAAGCAGCUCCGUCAAGGGCGCAGCAUCCCGCCACCCGCAGCCUCCGCCGAAUGGAACGUGUGGACGGUAGGGUCUCUUGAGUUCGAGCAUGUCCAGGGUGGCCUUCACCUCGAUUACCUUCGCGAAGUGCUUCUGCGCCAGGAUGGCGUCAGCCGUAAGAAGGUGAACAGGGCCACCCUGGUGAGCCUUGUUCGCGCUGAGAGGUGCCGUCAGAUCAACAGCGGGAUGGUGGUGAGGUGCCCUGUUGGGUGGGUGGAGGAUGGACACUGGUAUAUUUAUGUCCAGCCCAUCUAG